GGGAGAAGAAGAGGAGGAGGCCACGCAGACCCCAACUGAAACAAAGUAUUUCCAAACCAGCACCCAACUCCACCUUGUGAGACUCCCCAGCAUGGCUUCCGAGGAACUCUACGAGGUAGAGAGAAUUGUUGACAAGAGGAAAAACAAGAAGGGAAAAACAGAGUAUUUGGUUCGAUGGAAAGGAUAUGACAGUGAAGACGAUACUUGGGAGCCAGAACAGCACCUUGUUAAUUGUGAGGAAUAUAUACAUGAAUUUAACAGACGUCACAAUGAAAAGCAAAAAGAAAGCACAUUAACCAGGACAAACAGGACCUCUCCAAAUAAUGCCAGAAAACAAAUUUCUAGAUCUACCAAUAGUUCUUUUUCAAAGACAUCCGCUAAAUCCUUAGUUAUGGGUAAAGACCAUGAGUCAAAAAAUAAUCAACUUUUUACUGCUGCCCAGAAGUUCCGGAAAAACAAUUCACCAUCUCUUUCUGGCAGGAAAAAUAUGGACCUUGCAAAAUCAGGUAUUAAAAUCCUAGUGCCCAAAAGUCCAAUUAAAAGCCGGACAACAGUUGAUGGCUUCCAGAAUGAAAGCCCUGAUAAAAUGGACCACAUUGAACAGGAUCAAGAAGAUUCUGUAGCACCAGAAGUAGCAGCAGAAAAACCAGUGGGAGCUUUAUUAGGACCUGGUGCCGAGCGUGCCAGGAUGGGGAGUCGACCAAGGAUACAUUCAUUAGUGCCACAAUUACCAGUGCCAGUAACAGCCACAAUCGCAUCAGCAUUAACAAUAAAUGGAAAAGGUACCUCCCCCCUUAUGGAAUCAUUAGCAGCCAAUGGUACAACCAAUAUACAGACAUCUGUAACGGGAGUGUCAGCCAGCAAGCGGAGAUUUAUUGAUGAUAGGAGAGAUCAACCUUUUGAUAAAAGGCUACGUUUCAGCGUGAGACAAACGGAGAGCGCAUACCGGUACAGAGACAUUGUCGUCAGGAAACAGGAUGGAUUCACACACAUUUUGCUGUCAACGAAAUCAUCUGAAAACAAUUCACUAAAUCCAGAGGUAAUGAAGGAAGUCCAAAGUGCACUGAACACAGCAGCUGCAGAUGACAGUAAACUUGUGCUGUUCAGUGCAGUUGGUAGCAUUUUCUGCUGUGGUCUUGAUUUUAUUUAUUUUAUACGACGUUUAACAGAUGAUAGAAAAAAGGAAAGCACUAAGAUGGCAGAAGCGAUUAGGAAUUUUGUGAAUACUUUUAUUCAGUUCAAGAAGCCCAUCAUUGUAGCAGUAAAUGGUCCAGCUAUUGGACUCGGAGCGUCUAUAUUGCCUCUAUGUGACGUGGUCUGGGCUAACGAGAAGGCUUGGUUUCAGACACCAUACACUACUUUUGGACAAAGUCCAGACGGAUGCUCAUCGCUCACGUUCCCUCGGAUAAUGGGCCUGGCUUCUGCCAAUGAAAUGUUGUUCAGUGGAAGGAAGUUGACUGCGCAAGAAGCUUGUGCCAAAGGACUCGUAUCUCAAGUGUUUUGGCCUGGAACAUUCACACAGGAAGUAAUGGUUCGAAUUAAGGAACUUGUCACAUGUAAUUCAGUUGUACUUGAAGAAUCCAAAGCUUUAGUACGUAAUAUCAUGAAGGUGGACUUGGAACAAGCAAAUGAAAAGGAGUGUGAAGUUUUGAAGAAAAUCUGGGGCUCUGCACAAGGGAUGGACUCAAUGUUAAAAUACCUGCAGAAGAAAAUUGAUGAGUUCUGAUGAGAUGCCCAUUGACACUGGAAUUGUAUCUCUUGGACAUCAGGGCAAACAAAUUAUGCCCAUUAGAAAACAUACCCCUUGCUCAGCUUGGGAACAGGAGUGGACCUCCCCACCUUUUAUUGUCAAGGGGUUGAAAAGUACUGUAUCAUUUAAAUUUGAACAAACCUCCCUUCUCCCUUAUAUAUAUAUAUAUAUAUAUAUAUGUGUGUGUGUGUGUGUGUGUGU